AUGCGGUGGCUUGUUGCCGUGCCAGCUGUCAGAGGUGCCCCUUGGGGCCGGCUGGCCUGGUGUCCCCGGCUGCGCACCCUCCUCCUGGGCCUGCUCCUCAUCUACAUCUCCGUGCCCUUCCUCAUCCGCCUCUUCCCCUUCGGCACGCUCGCCAAAUUAGUCUUCCUGAACCUGCUGCGCUACCCCUUCUUCGUGGACCUUCAGCGGCCGGAGCUGCUGCUGAACAACACCGUCAGCCUCUACCUUGACACCGAGCCGGGCGUCACGGUUGGCAUCUGGCACACGGUGCCGGGCAGCAGAGGGGCCGAGGCGCAGGGCAAGGACCAGCGCUGGUACGAGGAGGCGCUUGCCGAUGCUCACCCUGUGAUCAUCUACCUGCAUGGUAACGGGGGGACCAGGGCUGCGAACCACCGCGUCCAGUUCUUGAAGACGAUGGGGGCUGCUGACUUCCACAUCCUCGCUCUCGACUACAGAGGCUACGGGGACUCCAGCGGGCACCCCACAGAGAGCGGCUUCACCACGGACGUCCUGGCCCUCUACGACUGGGCCAAAGCACGGAGUGGGAACAGCAGCAUCCUUUUCUGGGGACACUCCUUGGGGACGGGGAUUGCCACGAACACGGCAAGGAAACUGCAGGAGGAGCGAGGGAUCCAGGUUGAUGCCAUCGUCCUGGAGGCACCCUACACCGACAUCCGCGAGGCAGCUAUGCACUUCCCCCUCACCAAGCUCUACCACCCCUUCCCGGGUUUCGAGUACCUCAUCCUGGACUCGCUGGCCCUGGGCAACAUGUUCUUCCGCAACAACGAGAACGUGAAAGUGCUGGCCUGCCCCCUCCUUAUCCUGAACGCAGAAGAUGAUGCUAUCCUGCCUCCACAACUGGGCAGCAAGCUCUUCGAAACCGCACGCAGCGCCUACAAGGACAAAAGCAAGGUGAAGUUCAUUACCUUUCCCAAAAAGCUGGGCCUGGGCCACGACUACAUCUCGUUCAACCCGGAGCUGCCCGCCCUGGUGAAAGACUUCUUGAACAUGAAGUGA